CUGUGGCGUGCCGCUGGAAAUUUUAUCAAUACCGUGGCCAUCUAGUCUCGCUGGCAGUCGCUCGUGAAAAGUACGCGCCGAACGCCCGACCGGUUGGUUACACGCCGCCGACUGAAUCGACGAAAUCGACGAGGAUAGCCGGAACAGGAAGAGUCCGAGCUUAGCGAUCCAUAGCGAGCAUGGCUUCCGAGGGUGGUUUAGCACCGGAUGCAGCUGGGGGUGCGGGCGCGGGCGCGGGCGCGGGCACCGACGGCAUCGUCGGCGGUCCCAGAACACCUCAGCAGAUCGCUUCGCAGAAACGGUUGCAGGCGACGCAAGCGCAAGUCGACGAGGUCGUCGACAUCAUGAAGACGAAUGUCGAGAAGGUGCUCGAGCGCGAUCAGAAGCUCUCCGAGCUCGACGACCGAGCAGAUGCACUUCAACAAGGAGCCUCACAAUUUGAACAACAAGCGGGAAAGCUGAAGAGAAAGUUCUGGCUACAAAAUCUAAAGAUGAUGAUUAUCAUGGGUGUCAUCGGAUUAAUCGUAUUGGCCAUUAUUGUCGUGAAAUUCAUGCCGGAAUCGACGCCGACCCCGCCCGCGUACAACUAUCCGGCGGGUAUGCUAUCUCCAGGUACGAAUCUGCAACCAGCCGCACCUGGUGCAGCUGGGCCCGGGGUUGCGACGGGCAGUGCAUCCGCUGGCAGUGGGGCCAGUGGCCCGGCACAGACCGCCGGAGCCGCGUUCGUUGCUACCGGCGACCUGCACGAUGGUAGACGCAAUGUCGUGUAAACGCGACGACGACAUCCUGCUCGUCGUCGGGAGGAGAGUGAAAAAGCGAGAGCGAGAACGAGAGCGAGAGCGAGAGAGAGAGAGAGAGAGAGAGAGGGAGAGAGAGAGAGAGGGGGGAGGGAGGAGAAAGAGGACCGACCCUGACAACGACGUGACGUCCUCGUCCGAAAUCUUCGUGAGAAGCAAAAUUGUUCGACGCGUAUCGGCGCUUCGAACGCCGCGCCGACUCGACUCGGAAUUCGCGAUCGCACGCGUACACGUCGAAGGGUUCGCUCGCAAAGGACGACAGGUAAUCCUCGCGACAUGUUCUCAGGGUUGGGCAGCGACCUCCUGAGUAACGAAAACGCUAACGAAUUAUUCUCCUUUUUAGUAGAAAAUGAAUUACGGUAAAGAGUUCAUUUGAAGAAAGAACAGUAACUUUCUCAGACCUGCCUGUCCCGUAGGAUUCGCGUCCUGGGAAACGGGUCCUACGACACGCGAAUACCUCGCCAUUGUGUCGCGCGCCAUCGCAGCGAACCGUUCGAUCGCACCAACCUCGCGCUCGCGCGCGCGUUCGAUCGAUCCAACGUCGAAUCUGAUUUUCCUAUCAAUUGUGUUUUGUAGCUGACGUAGCUCCGCAAAUAUAUCUCACCUACCGGUUAUUAUCAAUCAAUCAUGUAGCGCGUAGAUUUCUUUAGUAGAAAUACGUAGCGAUUGGACAGUUAAAGUUAUUUUCGCUGGACGUCUUUUACAUUCUUAAUUACAUUCUUAAUUCGUAUCCAGUCGAGAUAGUAUGUGUGUGCAUGCGUGUGUGUAUGUGUGUGUGUGUGUGUGUGUGUGUGUGUGUGUGUGUAUCGCACGACUCGCAAAGCAGAGCUUACGAGGUUCGUUCAAGUGGAAGCAGCAUAUCGACCGGUCUUUUCCUCAUUCAAGGAAAAGAGAACAGAAAGAUCUAGGUCACUGGAGGAAAUCACCGCGGGAGGAGGGGUGGGCUUCUAUUUUUUUCUUUCGAUGAAAGAGCGCGAGGGACUCUUCUUCAAUUCUGCUCAGCUAAUCGCUAGGAGAAAGCAUCAACACGAAGUAUCGUUCACCGAGAAGAUACACGUGUAUCUGACAUGCAGAUAUAUAUACAUGUAUAUGUACAUACAUUAUUACAAAUUGUCAAUGUAAAAUUAAACCCACGUGUGUGUGCGUGUGUGUGUGUGCGUGUGUGUAUGUGUUUGUGUGUAUAUACACACCCACACAUAUACAUAAAUUACUUAUAUGUUAAAGUAUCGAAUCAAUCAAAAUACGGAGAGAUAAUAAUAAUAAUAAUAGACGAUGACUGUCGGAAAGAUUAUUGAACAUGGAAUUGUACGAGCACACACUUGCCAACAAACAAGAGAGGGGAAAAAAGUGACAAAUGCGAAAAUGUUCGAGCGUGCAUUGUAUACAGGAUGUUUCGUGUAAAUGAACAUGUUGUUCUUGCGCUCACCUGUGCGUUUCGCGCGAGGCAUUAUUUCCGACAAUAUAUGAUUUUCGGACGUGCCAUGGACGAACUCGUUGCACUUUCUCGUUAAAUCCCUCGAUUUUACUGCUCGCCGUUCGCGAUUGAUAUAAUCGGAUGCAGAACACACGAUUGCGAAAGUUAUAUUCGGCUUGACUUUGUAACGAACACACGAUUCGCGUUAUACAUCCCUUUGCACCGUUUAAUUCUUAUUAAUACUCUACUUUAUAUAUAUAUAUAUAUUGUAUGUAAAUUCACAGAGGGGCAUAUUAUUUCCUAAAGUAGUCUUUAUACUUCCAAGUAUUAUCUAAGAAUUGUCAAUAUUAUAAAUUUGGGGACGUACUUUUGAAAGAGAAGAAAAAAAAUGUUCCAUAUAAGCGGGCAAAUUCGUGAAAUUUAAUUUAUGCGAAUGUACUAUAUAGAAAGUGAAUGAAAUGUAGAAAGAACAAUUAUUGAUUCCUAUUAUUGUAUCUCGAUGUAGAGCGGUCGAAUCGAUGAUCGGGUCGAAUCUCUCAAGAGAAUUGAGUCCUUUGGAAAUAUUAGCGUAAAAUAAAUACUAUAGCGUUAAUUAAUUGGCAUACUUCAAUA